AUGCCUUGGGACAGCAUCAAGCUCAACGACGGCACUCAAAUUCCGAGCAUUGGGUUUGGGACGUGGACUUUGGGGAAUGGCCAAAAUGUGAUCGACCAAGUGGACCAGGCUAUCUCGCUCGGCUUCAGCCAUGUCGAUACUGCUCAAUCGUAUCGCAAUGAAGUAGAGGCCGGGAAAGCUAUCCGAGAAAGCGGGCUAGCGAGGGAAGAGAUAUAUGUGACCACCAAAUACUCAGGCUUGGACGGGCUCGAUAUCGAAACCUCCAUUCAAAAUAGCUUAGCAAAUCUGGGGAUAUCGUACGUUGACUUGUACCUGAUCCACCAUCCUCGUCUUGCCACGCCAGACAUACCAACUGCAUGGGCGAAGAUGGAAGCGCUCCAGAAAAAGGGGUUCGCCAAGAGCAUCGGCGUCAGUAACUUCGGUGUCGAAGACCUGAAGAUAUUGCUAGCCUCAGCAAAAAUUAAACCUGUCGCGAAUCAGAUUUUGUGGCAUCCUUACGUUUACGCGCAACAAGCCCCCAUUUUGGAGUUCUCAAAACAGAAUGAUAUCGUGAUCGAGGGGUACAGUACUUUGAUUCCAAUUACAAGGUCGCCUGGCGGCCCAGUGGACAAACCACUCAGCGAGAUAGCAGAAAGACUCGACGCGACACCUGAUCAAAUCCUUCUAGCUUGGGCUAAAGCCAAAGGCGUUGUCGUCGUCACCACGAGUUCCAAGGAGUCGAGACUCAAAGGAUACCAGCGUGCGGGGGAUUUGAAACUGACGGCAUCGGACAUCAGCGCAAUCGACAGCGCUGGUGCUGAAGGGGCCAAGCGAAGCACUGCGAGGGUCUUCGUACGCAGGGCUGCCGUAGCUGCGCUUGCUGUCGCGGCGGCGUUGCGUGUGCUAACGUAUUUUGAAAUCCUUUGA